AUGUCUCCCGCAGCUGCUGCCGAGCCAGAUGGGGUCCAGGGAGACAGGCGUGUCACCAAGCUCAUUUUCUUCCUUUUUGUCAUCGGUGCUAUCCUGCUGUGUGUGGGAGUCCUGCUCUCCAUCUUUGGGUUCCAGGCAUGCCAAUACGAAACCCUCCCAGACUGUAGCAUGGUGCUGAAGAUCUCCGGGCCCGCGUGUGCCGUGAUUGGGCUGGGGGCUGUGGUCCUGGCCCGCUCCCGGGCACGACUUCAGCGAAGUGAGGAGCGCCUGCGAGGCAACCGGGGGGCCUCCGACCGAGCCUUCCUCUGUGGGGAGAGCCGCCAGUUUGUCCAGUGUCUCAUCUUUGGGUUUCUGUUCCUGACGAGUGGUAUGCUCAUCAGCGUACUGGGCAUUUGGGUCCCCGGGUGUGGCUCAGACUGGGUGCAGGAACCGCUGAAUGAGACAGACACUGCUGACUCAGAGCCCCAGAUCUGUGGAUUCCUGUCCCUGCAGAUCUUGGGACCCUUGAUUGUGCUUGUGGGAUUGUGUUUCUUCGUGGUUGCCCAUGUUAAGAAGAGAAACAACUCGAAUGUGGGCCAGGAUGCUUCUGAAAGUGAAGAGAGACAGACCCAGAACAUGGAGCCCGUCCAGGUCACUGUAGGUGAUGCCGUGAUCAUAUUCCCACCUCCUCCACCACCUUACUUUCCUGAGUCUUCAGUUUCUGCAGCUACUCGGAGUCCUGGGGCUGACGGUUGGCUCCCAAAUGAAAGUCCACCUUCAUAUUACAGUAUUUUUAACUAUAGGAUCCCAACUCCUGAGGGCCAAGGCGCAGCCGCUGAGAGAGACUGUGAAUCUAUAUAUACUAUUUCUGGGACUGCUUCAUCCUCUGAGACCUCACACACUCCCUGUCUCUCAUCCGAAUUGCCUCCCAGAUAUGAAGAAAAAGAAGCUGCUGCCCCCACAUCCUUGUCUCCAUCUUCUGAGCCUUCCCCACCGUGAG